AUUGUCAUUUUUUUUCAUUUAUUUGUUCAGUUAAUCAUUCACUGCAUACACUCCAUGUGUACUGUUACAUAGCUUUAGUUAUAGCUGAAGAAAUGACCUUGUAAAGAGAUGUUCAUAAAUAUUAAACGAAUUCAAUUCAGAGGUAUUAUAUGGCAGAAGCAAUCGUGUUGGGAGGAUUUGAUGUUUUCAUCUCAAUUCAAUGGAAUUUAAGUUUUCCUUUUUUGUUGACUUGUUGUAUCAGCUUAAGAAGGCAUGUCCUCAGCUGAGUAUCGUCACCCUACAACCAUUACGCACAGAGCCAACAUAAAUAUACCUAAACUAUUGCAACUAUGCUAGAAAAUAGUCGUAGAAAAUUUGAUAUCCUUGUAGUGAACAAUAAGAUCGCAUGGUGUCAGUGUGUUCGUGGAAAAAACGACUUUAGCUCGUCGUCAUCAUUUUGGGUCCACCUCCUUGUAGUUCGGUACUGGCAGACUCGCUUUGCGGCUUGCUGCUGCCGUUGCUGCUGAUGCCCCGUGUUUUUAACAUUUUUGCAGUUGCAUUUUAACAGAGUGAUCAUAUGGAUACUCGGAUGUGUUGGAGUCAUUUCUUACAUCGCGUUUACUAACCUCGUGAGUAAACGAUAACGGUUUUGUUUUUAAAUCAUGGAACAAAGAGGAUGCAAGAAAAGAAGGGCGAGGAGUCAGUGGAUCGCCUGCGUGGUUGCUGUGUUUUUGUGGACAGUGGCCUCGGCGCAAUUAAGGUAUUCCAUCUCUGAGGAAGUUAACGAAGGGACUGUGAUCGGAAAUAUAGCAAAGGAUUUGGGCUUAGAUAAGAGCACGUUGAAAGACAGGAAAUAUCGGAUUGUUUCGAGUGCUGUCGAGCCUGUUUUUCAUGUAGAUCAGAAUGACGGCAUCCUGUACGUAAGCCGGAAAAUUGACAGAGAAGAGAUAUGCGAGCGAAGCAGUACCUGUUUAAUAAAUCUGAAAACAGUGCUAGAAAACCCCCUGGAAGUACACUAUGUUGGAGUGGAAGUGUUGGAUAUAAACGACCAUUCUCCCAGUUUUCCAGAGAAAGAGAAAACGUUGGAGAUUUCCGAGUCUGUGUUACCUGGAGUACGUGUUCCGCUAAAACCUUCAAGAGAUCCAGACGGUGGUCUUUUCUCUGUUCAGCAGUAUAAACUCAGCCCUAACGACCACUUUCGUUUGGAAGUUAAGGACAAAGGAGAAGAUGGAAAAAUACCUAUAUUAGUUGUGCAGAAAUCUUUGGACAGGGAGGCAGCAGGAAGCCACUCAUUGGUACUGACAGCAUUGGAUGGAGGGAAACCUCCGAAAUCUGGCGAAAUGAAUAUUAUAGUAAAUGUUUUAGAUAAUAAUGAUAACGCGCCUGUUUUUACUAGAGACGUUUAUUCUGUGAUGCUCGAUGAAAAUGCUCCAGUGGGCACAACUGUCAUACAAGUAAAUGCAACUGAUUUAGAUGAUGGCCAAAACGGAGAUGUAGUUUAUUCCUUCAGCAACAGUGUUAGUCAUAGAUUAUUAACACUAUUUGACAUAGAUCCAUCCACAGGUGAGAUAAUUGUGAAAGGAUUAAUAGAUUAUGAGGAGAAGGACAAGUAUGAAAUUGAAAUUCAAGCAUCUGAUAAAGGUCUCGCUCCACUGGCUACACAAAAAAGUGUCAUUAUCAAGAUAGUUGACGUGAAUGAUAAUCCACCUGAGAUCGAAGUUACAUCAUUUUCAAGCUCCAUCCCUGAAGAUUCCAGACCUGGAACUACAGUUGCCCUCAUCAGUGUACAUGACUUAGACUCUGGUCUCAAUGGAAAAGUUAUUUGUUCUGUAAAUGAGGAUGCACCUUUCGCAUUAUCGCCAUCUUUACAAGACAAAAUGUAUUCAUUAGUCACCAAAUCUCCACUGGACAGAGAGAAAACGUCACAAUAUAUUAUAUCAGUAGUUGCAAAAGAUGCUGGACAGCCGUCAUUAUCAACUGAGAAGACAAUAAGCGUUCUGGUUUCAGAUGUGAAUGACAACAGUCCAGAGUUUUCAGUAAGUCCCUAUACUUUCUAUGUCACAGAGGGCAAUAAACCAGGUGCCUCUGUGUUCUCUGUUAAAGCUUUUGAUGGUGAUGAGAAUGACAAUGCACUCAUAUCCUACCAUAUUCUCAGAGAUGAAAGGGAAGGGAAUAAAUUAGCACCAUUUCUUAAUAUUAACUCUGAAAAUGGAGACAUUUCCGCGCUGAAAAGUUUUGACUUUGAAACUCUGAAAACGUUCCAGUUCCAAGUUGUUGCCACAGAUUCUGGAACUCCGUCACUAAGCAGCAACGUCACAGUGAACGUGUUCAUUCUGGAUCAGAACGACAACGCUCCAGUCAUCCUGUAUCCAGUCAGCUCGAACGGUUCUGCUGAAGGUGUGGAGGAGAUUCCCCGCAAUGUGAACGCAGGACACUUGGUGACUAAAGUCAGAGCCUAUGACGCUGAUAUAGGAUAUAACGGCUGGUUACUGUUUUCACUGCAGGAAGUUACUGACCACAGUCUCUUUGCUUUGGACCGCUAUACAGGACAGAUCAGAACACUUCGAUCAUUCACGGAGACAGACGAGGCUGAGCAUAAACUGGUCAUACUGGUGAAAGACAAUGGGAACGUUUCACUCUCAGCAACAGCUACUGUGAUUGUCAAAGUUGUGGAACCCAAAGAGGCUUUUGCUGCUUCUGAUGUCAAAAGUGCAACUAAAGUUGACGAGGAGGACAAUGUUACGUUAUACUUGAUGAUAACUCUGGGCUCAGUUUCUGUACUUUUCCUCAUCAGUAUCAUCGUGCUGAUUGCAAUGCAGUGUUCAAAAUCCACAGACUAUACUUCUAAAUAUCUACAAGAGCCUAAUUAUGACGGGACACUGUGUCACAGCAUCCAGUACAGAUCUGGAGACAAACGGUACAUGUUGGUUGGACCUAGAAUGAGCAUAGGAUCUACUAUAGUUCCAGGCAGCCAUGCGAAUACUCUUGUGCUCCCUGACCGGAGACGGACGUCUGAAGAGCCCAAAGUGCCGAGUGCAGACUGGAGAUAUUCAGCCUCCCUGAGAGCAGGAGGUGUAAUGCAGAGCUCAGUGCACAUGGAAGAGUCCUCAGUAAUGCAGGGAGCCCAAGGUGUCCUGGUUCAGAACUGGCCCACUGCGUCCAGCGCUGCCGAUGCUGAAGGAGGCGAGGUGUCCCCCCCAAUGGGUGCUGGUGUAGACAGCAACAGCUGGCAUUUUCGCUAUGGCCCUGGAGGUCCUGGAGCACCCCCACAGCACCUGAAACCUGGCGAGGUUCCCCCAGAAGCCUUCAUCAUCCCUGGCUCCCCUGCCAUAAUAUCCAUCAGACAGAACCAGGGAGGAGAGGACGACAAGAGUGAUUUUAUCACCUUUGGAAAGAAAGAGGAGGCCAAGAAGAAAAAGAAGAAGAAGAAGGAGAAGAAAGACAAGAAGGAUAAGGGGAAAGAUGAUGGAGAUGAAUAGAGGAGCAGAAGAGAGAAGCAACGAAGAAAAGGGUGUUGUUAAAACAGAGGUACCAACCAAAGUCCACUGGGCAAAAAUAAAAUGUGAAAAUUACAGAUUUUCCAAUUUAAUUUUAUUAUCUAUUUUCAGUAAUAAUAUAUUAAAUUUCUUUUUUGUUUUAAACCUGGCCUUACCAAGAUUUAUUUUACAUUCAGUUCCUUACUGAGGUAAAAUUAUUAAUCUUGCCUUGAUAAACAAUAAAAUGAUUGAUUUUGCUCCACGCCCCUAUGUGCCUAUACACCCUGAGUCAGCUCAAUCAGUCUUCUUUUCCAAAAAGGAAGGACCACUCUUUGCCCUUGUCUUCAAUUUUUUGUCCUUUAACCCACUGGGCACGUUGGCACCUCUGUCUUACCCCUUCCCCAAUUAAGAUGUGUAAACCAUUCUCUCUGAGAGAAGACAAAUACUUUGUACAGGAACAACAAAAAGCUCUGUGCCAGCUGCGGAAAAGAAGAAAGGCAAAGAAGAUUGACACAGAUGUAUACCAUCUGGAGCUGGACACUCACAACUUGUAAAUAGCACAGGAGAGAGUCACUGAAACUAAGGCUAACAUGACACUGCUGCAGAGUCUUUUGGUAAUUACCGACAGUGUUUCCUGAGAUCUCAAAGAAACCACAUGCACACACGCAUGCUCACACAUUUAAACAUGCAAAAGCAUACAUACACUUACCAUAACAAGUAGACACGGAAAGCACCUGAGACCUAGAGAGAAGGAGAGGAAUAAAAAAAGAAGAGAAAAUCAACUGACAUCAAAGAAAUGUGCUUAAAACUAGACACUGCAAGCUUUUUGACCUGCACAGUCACCAAUGCAGUGCGCAUGUGUACUUCAACUCUCUCAGGAUGGAAGCAGUAUCCAUUACAAUGAUUCUGUAUUUGCUCACUGCAUUUGAAGGACAACGAGAGCUUCAUCUCCAACCAGAACCCCAACUGAGGAAUGCAGAAAGCACCGUAAAGCUGGAGAGAAGAGAGGAUACCUCACAUUAUGCUGAGGAUCCCAGAGGGGAGAGUCCAGCUGAGCUGGCUUGUGACUCUGCUUUUAGUCAGUGGACUCCGAUGAAACCUUACAGAAUAUUAGGAGAAUCUUGAGAUUUUGAUAACACCUUCUCUUCUCCCACUGCUGCAGCAAAAGCCUAAUGCUUUUUGCUUUGAAUGUUUGGUAGCAACCAGUCCUUACCUGAUACCUUGAGUUUACAACUGCUCACCUGCUUGUACUUGCCCCAAGCUGCCACGAGCCAUCCUCUCCUCCCCCAAAUGCAUUCUUACCCAUAGUCACCCAUCCCAAUGACUGCCUCUUCAUGUGAUGAUGAAGUCUGUGAACUUGUUCUGUUUUCAUUUAUUCUCAAAAGAGAUUCAUUAUUACAUACUCUGGAAUUUUUUCUUUUCUCCCUCAUUGCUUUAACUGCUUUUUGCGUGUCACUACACCUAAACCCGGUCUGACCCCCUCCUCAGGAUCGAUCCUGGGAAUGGCCUGCUCUGAACAUUGUGGUGUGCUGAGAACAGCAUGGAGUAAUGUGGAUGAGGCCUGGGGAAACCCAGUUGGGGGUCUAUGCCCUGAACUCUUGUAAGAUGUCUCUCUACUGUAAGUGCACAAUGGUUCAGUGCUUUUAACUUGAGUACUACAGCACGCUGUUCAUUUCCUGUUUGUAGCCACUGAUGAGAGGGGACCAGGUGGGAUGAAGCAGAUUACAGGGGUGGAGGACUAGGAUAAAGUGAGGUGACAGGUGCCGUGGGCUGGCCCUCCCCCUCCAUGUACAAGAGAAGAACGUUUUUCUCCUAAUUGAUUGUUUAGGAUUGUUGAGUCACAUAUUAGCUUUUAUGUACGCUGUAAAUGUAGCGUAGACUUUUCAUAGAUUGUCUCUACAUUAGUAAAUGAGUAAAUGAAACCUGCUAAAAGUACGGGCAUCUAGGGAUACCCAUCCUGCAGCUCUAUCCCACCAAUCCUCUCUCAGGAGGUUUUGAAAAAGAGGCGCACAUGCCUCAAGACCUGCUUCUGUUGGUUCCCCUCCCCUGCCUGUAACUUGUUGCCAUGUCCCCAAAGUUUUGCGGCUCAGUAUGAUGUCACUCCAUUAAGUGGCUGCUGCAUGUACUGCUCUAAGGAAACACAUACUAUAUAGAGAAAUAUAUAUAUAAAUAGAUAGAUGGCUAUGAUUUUAUUAUUUUGUAUUAUCAUUUUUCUUCAUUACUUGCACAGGAGAUAUUUGUAUGUACUUCUGUCUGCCAAACAUCUAUGUACUACAAUCUUCACGCUCCACAGAUGUUAUAUGGCAUCCACUAAACCUCUUUAGAUAUUUGUAAAUGCUAUAGUGUGAUACCUUUCAACGCAAGUUUAUUAUUUUUAUUUUUAACAACUAUGAUUUUUGCUUUUGAAAACAAGCAAAGCAAGAAAAAAGAAAAAAAAAA